GGCAGCAACGCAACUUUAUCAACCUCUCCCCUCCAGCUCUACUUCUGUCUCAACUUCAACUUCUUUCCUUCGCAACGUACGCUACAUCCAAUACCACUUUAUUCGCAAAACUCACACCAAAUACCUGAACAGAAGCUCGCGCAUUUUGUGCAUACCUAAACCAAGCAAAUAAUCGAUACGUGCUCGUACUGAGCAAACCGCGUCCCAAAAUCUAAUCGCAAAACUUUUCGUAUCUCCCCAAAAGACCUAGACUCCCGAACCAGAAACCAUGGCGGAUUCCGAUAUCGAUGAUGAGCUCCUCGCUCUCGCGGGAGACGCUUCCGAAGAUGAAGAGGAGUCGGAGGCACCAAAGAAUAUUAGCAGAAACAACUCGGCAUCACCCAACCGCCGCACAUCAGGCAAGGCAGGUGCAAACAAGCUAGGCGGUCGAAAGAACAAGAGACGCGAUGACUCGGAGGAAGAAGGUGAAGCGUAAGUGCUUACUCUCUCUUUGGUUGCGCAUUGGCGAUAUCAUCGCCUUUGUAUCCGGUCGAGGAUAUGGCUUACACAGUAUUCAAUAGCUCAUCUGGCGCAUCGUCCCCUGAUUCUCAACGCUCAGCACCUAUGGAUGAAUCCGAUUCUGACUCGGACACCUCUCCCAUGGACGAUGAUGGCGAAGGAUACCCGCUCGAGGGCAAGUUUAAGGAUGCUGCGGACAAGGCUGAAAUCAUGGCCAUGCCUGAGAUCAAGCGUGAGGAAUUGCUAGCAGAACGAGCCGGAGAAGUCGAGAAGAGCAAACAAAACCGAGUUUUGCGCCAGUUACUUAAAAGUCGCGAGGCUGAAGCCAAAAAGGUGGACAAGAAACGAAAGGCCAGCGCUGCGAAUUUGGAUGGAGAUAAUCGAAAGACCGCCCGUCAAAGAACCAAGAUUGGCGGUGGCAAGGUUGGAGAGGCAAGUAGCGGAAUUGAUAGAUAUCGACGCGAACGAGCCGAGAAGAGUGAGCGACAACGUCGACGAGAAGAGGACAAGCACCAUGAUGAACCACGCAGAAACACUCGCGGCGACUACUCGGACCAUGAUAGUGAUAGAGAUAGCGAAGUUGAAUGGGACACUGGCAAAACAGCAACCAAGAAGCGAAGCAUUUCACCUGAUUUCAAGAAUGCAGAGCCAGCUGGCCUUCAAGAUGUUGAACGGGUCAGAGUUGGUCGGUCGAGAUUUGCUUUGGUCUGCUUCUACCCUGGAUUUGAUGAGGCUAUUACUGGAUGCUUUGCUCGAAUCAGCGUCGGAAUGGACAAGGAAACUCGUCAAAACAUUUAUAGAGUUGGACUCAUCAAAGGUAUGUGUUCUGAAGGCUUGAAUGGUUCUAAUAGAUGCUAACUGCCUGCCAAGGCUUUGUUGAGGAUAAGCCAUACGCUGCGGAAUCUGCAAAUGGAAAGCCUUUCUUGACUACCCAAUAUGUUCGGGCUGCGCAUGGAAAAUCAGAAAGAAAUUGGCCGUUUAUUGCUUGCUCCGAUUCUCCCUUUACGGAGGUUCGUUCAUCAUGAGGGCUAAUAUCAUAGUCUUUACUAAUUUCUUUCAUAGGCUGAGUGGACCCGAUACACAAAAACUUGCCAGGCCGAAGGCAUACCUCUUCCAACAAAACCAAAGCUCGCUCAAAAGAUCCUUGACAUUAACGCACUUGUCAAUCGCUCCUGGACCGAGGAAGAACUACAAGCAAAAUUGAAACGAUCUGGCGUUUUGGUCAGCAAAUUCAACCCCAUUGAGCGCAAACGCCUCCAAACCGAGAUUGCAGAAGCAAAAUUAGCAAAGAAUUACGAAAGGGAGGAACAAUUACAAAAGGAACUCGAUGCUUUAGACGGACCCAAACUCGCUUACAGCACAUCAUUGCAACCAUCCCCUGCCAAGACCCCUGCCAAGCAAACCCAACAGGAGCGACUCGCAGUCCUAAACAAACAACAUCGGCGCGAAAACGCCGAAAAAGUACGACAAGCUCAAAUUGCUGAACGCAAGAAGAUCAAAAUGGCGGAAGCGGCAGCAGCUCGUGGCGAAGUAGUCGUCGAAGACCACUCGAGACGAGUCCGAACAAACGCCAAGUUCAAGCAUGAUGUUGCGGAUACACAUAAGAAGACAGAUAGCGCUGGCGCUAGUGGCGCGAACACGCCAUCUCAGGGAACGCCAAAACUUGGACCGAAGCAGAUUUCUGGGGGCUUACCGCUGCAGUGGAAGAAUGGUCAGGGAGAGAAUAAACAGAAGAAUGGGCUGCCUAGUAUUCGGAGACCACUCAUGGACGACGACAUCAUUGGGGCUAUUGAUCUGGGAAUUGAUCUUGAACUUUAGAAGAGAAAAAAAAGGGACUUGUGAGAUAGGAAUGUUAGAUGAGUGUAGGAUGGGACGGAUGAGAGGGGGUAUGAAGGAGGGGGGAAUUUGAUGAUACCUGGUACGAUAGAGAGCUUAUUUUACUUUUACUUUUUUUUUUGGCUCCGGCUGGACUUUGCUUUGCAAGUCAAGGCA